AUGAAGCCUGAAGAAAUUUCAAAGCAGAAGGAUAUUUUACAUCAGAUAUCUCAAGCCAGUGAUGCUAUCCGACGGAAGCACAAGAUGCUGAAGUUGGGCAAAGAUACAGCUGAAAAAGCCAUGGAGGAAAUGUUCAAGCCUAUUGUGACACCACUUCAGAGUAUAGUUGAAUCUUCAAAACUUAAAAAAGAAAAUAUUAAUAAAGAAGAAAAGCCGCAGGUUGAAAAAGAAGAAGAGGUUCAAGAACAAGAGAUUGAAAAAUCUUUAUACGCUGACCCAACCGCAUACAACAGUUUAAUGACCGAUGAUGAAAGUUUAUCUAACAACACAGCAUUUGCUAUUACCCCACCACCCUCAACAAGUACUCCAGCUCGUAAAAAUCCUCUUCUCUCUAAUUAUUUACAACGUUUAAGUUCAAAAAACAAAAAUAAUGAUAUGAGAUAUGGUGUACGCAGAAAACAUGGUGAAAUGUAUAUGGGUGAUUCAAAUAUUUCAUUUGCAAAUGAUACAAUAACUGUCAAAGAAAGAAGUUAUCCAAUAACUCCAGGGUUGUUGGAAUUAUUGUUCACAAAAACACCAAAAGAUACGCUUGUCACGCAAGAUGACAAGACAAAAUAUUUGGAAAUUAUCCAGAGAACAAAUACUCAUAGGAAAAGUUAUGACCCAAGUAAAAGUAUUUACGUAGAUUCAACAGACAAGUAUAAGAAAUAUAUUGCUGAUUUUGCUGAAAAGCAUGGUAGAGGACUACCAAAAUUUAUGAUUACCACCAAGACACCCAUGGACUAUGUAUACUGGGAUGAUCCAAAUGAACUAGUUGACCGUUUACGACUGCUGAUGGCGUCUCAAGCUGCUGGAAAUCCAAGUCACACAAAUGAAAUCAUGUCAAUUAUUGAAGAGCUUAGGGAGGCUGGAGUUAUAUAUUAA